GUGUACGUGCGUGUGGUAACAAGGAGCCACGUUACAAGGGCUCAUUCGAAGUUGCCUAAUUGUUUUUUAUUGCUCACUUAUUGGCUCUUGCUGUUAUCAUUCACCAUCAAGUUCACUUUAACACAAUAUUCUUUCUGCUGGUUAGGGUGAGUGAGGGUGGUUGUAGCCAUUUAAACGCAACGGAGAAUUCGAAACGAUAGUCGAAUGUCCCAUUCUUUUUUUGUGUGUGCAUAAUUUCAUUAAAGUUGGUGGUUUGCUAUUCUUGACGUCUUUAAAUGGUCGUAGGAUAGACGUUAUAGAAAAUUAGGGAUAUAAUUAACAUCUUCAUUUUCUUCUGAUUUUUUAACUAUCUAGAGGUCUCAGCCUGAUAGUCAGGCUACGUACGGGAUGACGAUCUUUGCGGGAUUUGAUGUCCGGUCCUGCUGUGUGAAUAUCUGCUCAGCUCUUUCAUCAGGCAUCGGAUCAUAAAAAGAAGAGCUCUCUUGAAGCAAUAGUAAUUGUCUACCAUAAUGCUAAUAAAAGCAGACCAUCAGAAAAUAUUUUUCUUAUAUACAAAAAGAACGUAACAAUAUAAAUCGAGUUAUUUCAUCCUUUCUCUACUCAUGUGAUUUUUUUGUAAUUUUCUGGCUUCGACCGCUUGAAGUAACCAACCUCCGUGCUGUAAACUGCAUCUCCUCAGCUGUCAAACCGCGUACAGCCAGCCAUCUCACUCGCUAUCUGGCUCACUCUUGCAAACACAAGCAAGCCCUCAAAAGUGCGUGGGAAAUUCACAGGUGUUGUGCGUUCUGGCUCCCAUCAGCUCGCCCGCUCACUACAUCUUGCCCGCUCUUGCAUUCGUUUCCAAAGGCAAAAACUCACGCAUUACAGCCAUCUGCUUUCCAGCUCACUCCCUUGUUGUAUUGGCCAGCCGCUCGCUCUCUCGCUCUCACUCGCACUCCAUCCGCACGCACAACAGCAAAACGCCGUUUGUGAUUCCGCGGCUGACGCGAUGGCGCUUUUCAUAAAGUGAGUGCGAUGCAAACGGGUAACGUCGUCGUGUUCGUCGUGGUUGGUAGAAUUGUCGGCUCGGGUUGAAUAGCAAAUGCGCGUCCAGGCGGCUGGUUCCGCUGAUUCCCUCCGUGUAUCGCUAAAGUGCAUACGGUUCUCCGGUUCCGGUAGGCUACGAAUGCUACAGCUGUCGCUAGUGGGACGCGUUCAACGUCCAUAAAAGUGUUCGCGCUGUGUUGUGGUGUCUCGGUGGUAAGAUAAAACGUUGCUCGGAUCACCGAUCGUCCGGUGCUAUCGAAAAAACCCCUCGGUGCUACUUUCCCUUAGGAGUUGGUCCCGUCCGGAGUGAGUGAGGUUAUGUUCGUGGUGUCCGUUCAGUCCGUUGUUGUUUACUUUUUGCAGCAGGGUGACAGCUGAAGGCACAAAUCCUGCACGCGAAGUGCACAAAUUAAUGCGCUUUUAUCGAUGCGUUUCGGUGCUGUUCACUGUCCAAUCUCAGCACACAUCCCGCGCUUAGAGUGUGACACGAACCGCUUACGGUGAGAAACAUUUCCCCGGUCCGGAACGCGUGAAAGCAUACGGUGUGAGUUCGCAACAAUUGGGUGUUCUCCGUCCUUGUCCUUCUGCCGUUGAACGGCGGCUGCGAGCAUAAGUGGUGUUUAAAGCAUAAGCAAGCAUAACAACAGCAGCAGCAGCAUCAACAGCAACGCCAGCGGUAGGAAGAACGACGACAACUCAACUGACGUUUCUCACUCGUGUGAAUGUUACCGCUUGUGAUGAUGAUGAUGAUGGUUGAACGCGGGUGAGCGAGUUGGUGAAACGCGAUGUCAGUAAGGUCGGUAAUUGCGGGGGAAAAUACAGCCACAGGAAAAAAGUGCAUCUGUGGCAACAGUCAGAUGCAACAGGAAUAUCCGCUUGCUGUGCCUAGUGUGAGCCUCUCCCGUAGCUGUUUCCAGUGCACAAGGGUCUAACGUUUGCCUAUGGGCCAGCUGUGGCAAAGCCUCGUGAUCUCCGGUACGCUCCCAUUCAUCAUAUUGUCAAGGGCCGGACCGAUGCAGCAUCUUCCCAAACACCGAAGAGGGAAGACAGCUGCUGAACCGUAGAAACAGCCACAGAACUCGCGCGUGUGUUAUUCGUCCGUAGUGAAACAGUGAGAUUCGGUAGUGAUAAGAGUGAGAUUCGCGAAACAGCGUGAGAAUUAGUGAAGAGUGAGAAGGUCCAAUUUUGAGCUUUAUUUGAUUGUGAUAACCGUACUACCCCCGACAUCAUCAUCAUCAUCAUUCCACGACUCAUCAUCGAGCAAUUUAAUUAACGUGUAAAACCCACCGAGAAGAUAUAUAUGUAUUUGGCCCCUGAAUAUCGUGUUACAUUUGUUACAAUUGGCUCUCCGACGUGGAGAAGAAUAAUUUCCCUGUGUAAUAAUCGUGUGCUUGUGUGUGAAUAUUUGUGUGAUUCCCAAAACCGGCUUGCUGUGGUUUUGGGGGCUUAAAUUUUACCAACGACUGCUACGCCGCGCUUCACAAUCACAACAAUAAUAAAUGAACUGUCAGGUCGCUGUGUCAAAAGUUCAUCAACACCGCGAAUUCCUUCAGCGGGUCUUGAGGGAAACGUCGAGCGGAAACCAAACCAUUCUUUGCCAAUCUUAAAUUUCAGUACUCAUGCAAAGUACAUUAUAACCCUGUGGAGAGAUUCAAUGUACAACCCUUUAAAGACGUUCAGCGCACGAUCAUCGUACCUUUAAAUAGCUGCCCGGUCAGGCUCUUGGAUUGUCCAUAACAAGGAUACAAUCCACCCCCGAACUAAUCACGGAACGUACCAACGAAACCGACUCGCGGACGCUCGAUCGAAGAAAGCAUCAGACAUGCCUCAUCAGUACGGCAUACCGGGCUACGGACAGGCCCCACCAAGUCCACCGACACAUCACGGUGGCAGCGGAGCACUGCUGCCACGGCUCGGUGCUGGCGGGGCCGUAAUUCCGGUGACCCCCAACAACAACGGAGGUUCUGGGAUGGGGUCCACGACGUCACCCAUCUUUCGCAGCCAGAUCGAGGAGCGACGGCUGACGAGGGAAGCGAUGGAAAAGUAUCUACGCGAUCGCAACAACAUGGUCAUUGUUAUACUGCAUGCGAAGGUCGCCCAAAAAUCGUACGGCAACGAAAAACGCUUCUUCUGCCCACCGCCCUGUAUCUAUCUGUUCGGCGAGGGCUGGCGGAUGCGCAAGGAGCAGAUGCUGCGCCUUGGCGAAAGUGAUCAGUCCACCCAACUAUGUGCCUUCAUCGGAAUCGGCAGCCCGGAGCAGGAAAUGCAACCGCUCGAUCUGAACAACCCGAAACAGUACUGUGCGGCCAAAACGCUGUUCAUCUCCGAUUCGGACAAGCGCAAACACUUUAUGCUCUCGGUGAAGAUGUUCUACGGCAGUGGGCACGAUAUCGGUGUGUUCCAGUCCAAGCGCAUCAAGGUGAUAUCGAAACCAUCGAAGAAGAAGCAAUCGCUAAAGAAUGCCGAUCUGUGCAUUGCGAGCGGUACAAAGGUGGCACUGUUCAAUCGGUUACGAUCGCAAACCGUCUCGACGCGAUACCUGCACGUGGAGGAUGGACACUUUCAUGCCAGCUCGACGCAGUGGGGUGCCUUCACUAUCCACCUGCUGGAUGAUAACGAGAGUGAAUCGGAAGAGUUUCAGGUACGUGAUGGUUACGUACACUACGGUGCGACGGUCAAGCUCGUUUGCUCUGUCACUGGAAUGGCCCUGCCACGGUUAGUCAUACGCAAAGUGGACAAGCAAAUGGCACUGCUCGAAGCAGACGAUCCCGUUUCCCAGCUGCACAAAUGCGCCUUCCACAUGAAGGACACGGAGCGGAUGUAUCUGUGCCUGUCGCAGGAAAAGAUCAUCCAAUUCCAGGCGUCUCCGUGUCCGAAGGAACCGAACAAGGAGAUGAUCAAUGACGGUGCCUGCUGGACGAUUAUCUCCACCGACAAAGCCGAGUACCAGUUCUACGAAGGGAUGGGUCCGGUGCGGACCCCUGUGACGCCCGUGCCAAUCGUUAACUCGCUGCACCUGAACGGUGGGGCCGAUGUGGCAAUGCUGGAAAUAACUGGCGAUAACUUUACGCCCUCGCUGCAGGCCUGGUUCGGCGAUGUCGAGGCGGAAACAAUGUACCGCUGUGCCGAAUCGCUGCUGUGUGUUGUACCAGACAUUUCGCAGUUUCGCGGUGAAUGGUCCUGGGUUCGUCAACCCACGCAAGUGCCUAUCUCGUUGGUGCGUAACGAUGGAAUCAUUUACGCGACCGGUCUUACCUUUACCUACACGCCGGAACCGGGACCGAGGCCACCCUGUCCGGCUGCCGAAGAUGUCCUCCGCCGGGGGUCGACCCUAGCCGUGGUGGCCAAUUCCAAUAGUAAUAAUAGCAACAGCAGUAGCAACAACAGCAACAGCACCUCGGUGGUCAAUCAGCCGGGUGGCCCGGGUGCCGGCACCUUGCCAUCCAUAGCGGACGUUAGCUGGAGUUCGCACGGCGGCGGACUACCGUAACACCACGACUAGGGCCUACUGGUAGGAGGGACCGCGCACUAGCGAUCCCUUACAUACUCGUAGGAAUUGUAAGCAAAAACGUAAAAACCUCAACCGAUAUGCUGCUCGUAAGCGGGUAGAAAGAAAGAAGACAAAAAAAAAAAGGAUUCCAAGCGCAGGAUAUUGGCACCUGCGGCGGAAUGAGAGCAGCUGUAAAGCUGUGUUAGGGAAUAUUUAUUUAAACAAAAGCAAACGAACGAAGGCACCGAUUUGCUUCUCGAACAUCCCUAUAGCUUAAGUGUUUCUUCCAAAGAAAACAGGGAAGAAGUUGGCAGGAACGACAAAUGCCUGCAACCGUUCACCUUACAUUAAGGUUAAUGCUUUGUUCUCGCUAACAAACGGGACGGGAUGGAAGCGCAAUAGUGAAUAUCAUUUUGUAUGAUUUUUUUUUUUUGUUUAAAAGGACAAAAUGAAGAAUUGCUAUCAGUUAAAUAACCAAAGAUUAACAUGUUUCGAUUGGCUAUUUGAUGAUUAGUAGGUACUAUGUAUUUGCUUAGUACAGGCCAUUUUAUGGGAGCUAACUUCGGUGGCUUAACAAUGACAGACUAUCUUGACCUGUUUUACUGACUUUCCUUGACUACUAUACAUUCCCAUAGUAUGAAGGAACUGCUUAAAUAAGCGUUGAGUUCGUAAACUUCCUUAAACAUAAUUUACCUCAAUAGGAUGGCGUUUAUUUCAAAGGUUUGAUUCUACGCGAUACUUUAUUUUUUAAAUGGACAAUCAUUUUUACAGCCACACGUUUGCAAAGAGCACCCAUGAUCGCUUCGGGCUUUGCUCAUUUACCUGACUAGAAGCAUCUUUUUUUUGCAUAUCUUUGAUUGAAACCCCAUGCAAAAGCCAUGGGUUUUCUUUAUCACCUUCCCAUCACCACUAGCUGGUGGCCGGGUUGCGCUCAUUUAAUUUACGACUUUUUCUCACAUCCAUUUCGACGCAAAUGUGAGAAUGUGGCAUCAGUAAUUAUAGACGCGAUAGCGUGUGGGGUUUUGCAUACAUUGCACUACUGCACAACGACCACCCUCCCUCCCUUGAAGGUUUCUUGUGGGGGUUAUCUUAAUUUUUCAUUUCGUUAUUUUUUCUUCCACAUGCAUAAAUUGAUGCAUUCAAUUCAAAUGAAUCGGUCGCUUCCUACCUGCCCCGUAAGGCGAGUGAAACGAAAGCCCUGCUGCUAACUUCUGCCGCAACGAAGAAAAUGCGUUUAAAUUAUAAUAAAAAAGCAAAACAAUUUGCCUACAUGCGUGUACAUUUUUGCAUCGAUCGAUUAGCAGAGAGAGUGAGAGAGAGAGAAUACGUUGACUUUGUUUAAACAGACUCCAAAAGCCAAUGAAUGACGGGUUUUAAGCUUUAGCUCCCACCCUGCGUGGGAUGUAAUCAAUUUAUCGCUUGUCGCGCUCGCAGCCGAGCGAUCACCUAUCACCACCGAGCGAAGAGGAGGGUGUACAUAGAUUGUUUGGCUCAAAGUUUUACUCAACCAAGGAAGGAUGCGAGCAGUGGUGGUGGUGGUGCAGUAUUAUGAGCACUGACUUUUUAGCACGUAAGAUGCAUAUAAAACACAACCUAUAAAUAGCUAGGAUUAAUUGUAAUUCUUGUGAAUAUAGCUUAACGUGCGCUCGUAAACCAUUGAUUCAGUUCUCUGUAGUGUGUAGCUAUCUUUUCACCCCUGUUUGGUUUUGAUAUUCGCGCUUACUAUUGUUUCGUGAUCACAAUUGCUCUAACGAUCUCGGCGAACGAUGCAAUCAAUCGUAUUAUAUAGCGUUUCAGCUCCAAUUUUAGUUGACUUGACUGUUUUGCUUUCAUGCAGAGUUUCAGUAAAACUACGGAAUACCAGGCGCCUCCACCGGCUUGGGAAAAGCUGUUGCGACAAAAUGUAAAUUAUAGCGGAUCGCGACCAUCUUGAUGCGUUUCAACGUGACAAUCUGUUCAGAUUGCGGUUGAGUGACUUGUAAAUAAGUGUAUACAAAAAUAUCCUCUCUCUCUUUCUCUAUUUUUUAAGCCGUAGCACAAUCGAAAACGAACGCAAGACAAAUUGGGGGAAAAAAACUCUACUUCAAUCUGGUUCAAUGCCUGAUGGAAAGCAAACAUUACCAUAGCAUAUAUAUAAAUAGAUGUACGGCUGUAGCUAAAAGACACACGGAAGGAAUAAAAGACGAACCUGUGCACCUAAGCCAAGAAGCGCAAACACGCACGAAAAGACCUAUUUUUUAGAGAUUUAUAUAUAUACAACGGCAACACGCGCAAAGAUAGAUUUAUAUUAAACGGAUGCAACGAAUCGAACAAAGAUGGGAAGGUAACAACGAGCGGGCUUUUUUAAAAUGUGACAAACGUACCGGAAAGCUUGUAGUUGUAGUUGAGAAUUAUUUUAAACCAAGAUGGGAAAUAUCUUUCGUGUUAUACGCUCCUUUGCCACCUUAUUGCUUUGCUCCCUUUUGUGUGUGUGCGUGUGCGUCUAAACCCUCCCACCCUGAAGAGUUGUUACGUUGUUUGCCCUGAGAAUGAAUAUGAUUCUUCUACUGUGUAGGAAAUGUUCCCUCCGCCGAAGCAGUCAACCAGUUGUGUGUUGGCACCCGACGCAAUGAACUGACGAUGAGCGCAGCGUGUGAAAAUUUACCCCGUGAGAUUAUGCAAUAGUUUGUAGAGAGAAAUGUUCGGACGCGAAACCACCAAAGCUCGGGUCACAAUAGGGUGGGUACCACAAAUCAACUAAAUAAUCCCUCCGAAUGGUGCGCGUUAAAGCUCCGCGGGGGGAGAAAGAGAAGACAAAUCACAGGAAACUUGUAAUGAGGAGAAAGCGGCAAAAGGGCAGUGAACACAAGCAGCGAAACAAAACAAAAAAUCACGAAAGUUAAUUGUUUUAUGAGUCGUCGAUCAUAACGAGUGCAGCGGGAAAAGUUAAAGGCAAGUUUUCCCACCUGGAGAGAGAGAAAAAAAAAUGUAAAUCAAGCAAAUCCAUCCAAACUCGCGCGCAGAGGAAUAGACAGAGCGCGGGCAUUGUGAUAGGAUGGAAAACUAAUAGUGUAUAAGGUUAGUGGAAAAGAGGUGGAAAAGAAUAGCAAAGAAGAAGAAGAAAAAACAAUUGGAAAACUGAUGCGCUGAACAAGAGCAUUCCGAGCAAGAGGCCGAGAUUCCGUUGCAGAUGUGACAGAGGUAGUGAAGCUGCCGCCGUAAAGCAACGCCAGAACGGCAUACAGCGUUAAUUAUAAGAAAAUCCAAUGAAUUAUACAUGUAAAUAUACACCUUUAUUAUGAUUACUACCGAAAA